CAGCAAUCAAUGGCUGAAUGGCAUGGUGAUAGAUAGCUAAGAGAGAUAGUUAGAAAAAGCUCAUGCCAUCAAUCCUGCUUUCCAUCUCUCCAUGCAAUUCACCAUCUAUUGCUCACAAGCUCCAUCACCAUAACAAGAAGAAGAAGAAGAAGAAGAACCAUUACAACAAGCUUAGAAGAAACCAAACCUCUGACACCACUGACAAUGUUCAAAGCUUCCAGCAAUACGUGCGCACAGGCCGCAUGCACGAUGCUCGUGUUCAGUUUGAUGCGAAGUCGAAGAGGACUCUGGUCGAGUACACAACACUCAUGUCCGGUUACAUACUUCAUGGGCAUUCAAUGGAAGCAAUGCUCUUGCUUCAUGAUAUGCUCCACUUGCCAUUCUCCUUUGUUCUUGAUCCUUUUGCUGUGUCUGCUUCGCUUCGUGCUUGUGCUUCCACAGGUAGCCUUCACUGUGGACAGGAGCUCCAUUGUUUGGUGUUGAAGAUGGGCUACUUUGAGGACUUGUUUGUGGCCAAUGCUCUUGUCUAUAUGUAUUCAGAUUGUGGAUCACUGAGUGAUGCUGAGCUUGUUUUUAGGGAGAUCAAACAGCCUGAUUUGGUUUCAUGGAGUUCCAUGCUCAGUGGGUACAUGAAGAAUGGGCGUGAUAAGCAAGUGUUAAGGCUUAUCGGAGAAAUGAGCGUGGCCGGAGUCCAGUUUGAUGCUUUUGUUCUCUCUAUUGCUCUCAAGGUGGCUGCAAACCUUGGGGUUGUUGCAACUGGGAUGCAGCUUCAUUGCUACACUGUUAAAAUGGGUCUUGAUUCUUGUACUUUCUUGAUGAACUCUCUCAUGGAUUUCUACGGGAGAAGUUGCAGAUUGAGUGAAAUGAGGAAGGUGUUUGACGGAUUGUUUCACAAGGAUUUGGUCUCUUGGAACACUGCCAUCUCAUGCUAUACUGAUGAUCACCAAAGUUAUGAAGCUCUGGAUCUAUUCCACUUGUUGAUGUUAGAAGGCUUUGAAUGUGAUGACUAUACAUUGGGCAGUGUUUUGCAGGCAGUCACUGAUUUGAGUUCUCUGGAUCAUGGGAGGGAGAUUCAUGGCUAUGUGAUCAAAGCUGGUUUCUGGUGUAAUAGUUAUGUGAUCAGUGCACUCCUUGUUAUGUACAUUGAGUGCAAUGAUAACAAUAGUUUGCUUCCUCUUAAACUUUUCAGAUACUUGUACGCAAUAGGUGAGGAGGAACUCCUUGAUGGGUUUGUUAUGGCUAGCAUUCUCAAGUUCUGUGCUUCCAGAAUGGAUCUAGAAAUAGGAAAGAUGAUUCAUUCCUGCAUUCUGAAACAGGGAAUGAAGACUAACCCCUUCGUAAGUAGCUCACUGGUUGACAUGUACGCCAAGUGUGGGAUCCCAGAAGCAUCUCUUUGGGUGUUUGCAGGAAUCGCAGAACCAGGUGUAGUUUCAUGGUCUGCGAUCAUAGCCGGGCAAUGUUCAAAUGGCCGGUUUCAAGAAGCUCUGCAUCUCUUUCAGGCAAUGCAGUCAGACAGUGUCAAAGCUAAUGAAUUCACUCUAACUGCUGCCAUUCAGGCUUGUGCAGCAUUAAGAGACCUUAGAAGUGGAAAGGAGAUUCAUUGCAGCCUAAUCAGAGCUGGAUAUUCAUCAAAUGCUUCUGUUUUAAACUCUCUUAUUGGCUUCUACUUCGAGAUCAGACAACCCCAGCAAGCUCUAAAUCUAUGGACAUUAUCUUGUGAAGAUGAUAAUCCAUGGAAUUCCUUGAUGCGAGCUUUUUCUAAACUUAUUGAUAAUGGAAGCAUAAUCAAGCUUCUUACUGACAUUCACCGCUCAAACUCGCAGAUCAAUGCAUCGCUGGCAUAUUAUGUUCUGGAUGCUUGCAGGAGUCCAUCACUUCUCCAUGCAGAUGUGGAUCAAUAGAACUAGCAGCAAAAGCUUUCAACCAGAUCCCUGAGAAAACCUCUGCUUCAUGGGGUUCCAUCAUCUCGGCUAGUGUAGAUCAUGACUGUCCAUCAAAAGCUUUAAAACUUUUCACGCAGAUGAGGAGGAAG